AAACAAACAUAUUUUGCGCUUACUCCAAAAAAAAGUCCCAUGUUAUUUAUCGUCAUAUUACUACUAGUAAUUUUUAUAAUCGGCGUAAUAUAUUAUAUGUCACAACCCCUCGAAGAACCAACCGAAGAAGAUUCUUCACCAAUCCCACAAAUAUAUGUAGAUGACUCAAAAUCCGAUGAAAAAUUUGUCAUGAAACCAGUACAAGAUUUUAUUACCAAAUUAAAAAAAUCUCUGUCAAAAAAUCCACUCCUACCCAAGUACGCCGACUUAUUCAACAAAUACGAAAUUUAUUUUACCGAAGCAUACGAUAAAUAUUUCGUUAAUAAAGGCAUACCUAAUAUUCGUGAAAUUUCUUUCUUUAGCAUCGCGAUGAUUUCAAAAUACGUGGAGACAAACAAAAAAAGUUAUUUAUCCGUCGCUGAAAAUCUUAUACAGAAUACAUAUGAUAGAUUAAACCUAACAUUAACUGAUAAGAAAAUACCAUGGAACAUUAAUUGGUACGACAUUUCAAUUUUACUAACGCGCAUGCUCGCAACCUAUCAAUUAACCGACGGUGAUAAAGAACUUAAACAAAAUUCUCACAAAUUAAUUGUAAAAAUAAUUCCGAAAAUUAAUGAAUCUUUGGGUCAGGUCCGAGACGGACUCGACUUGGCUUCAAUUUUGAUUACCAGAUUAAUUACUAAUUACAUUAAUGACCUUAACCAAUUUUACAGUGACACCGAAUUGGAAAUAUUUCCGUUCCUUGCUGAAAAAAUAUGCACACUUAAUUACACCACCGACAUUACUAGCAAUGGAAUUUAUUUUGACGGCUCGUGUGUGGAAAAUAAAGUCGCGACUUUUGAAAAUUUAUCAAAAUUCAGUGAAUUUUAUACAGUCGCAUUUCGCACACUAGAUUACCCCGUGGACAUCGAUGGGUUUAUUACCGGAACAUUUGACAAAAUUCUUCACCCAACGAUGAAUUUUAUACCUUACGGAUUAUUUGGAGUCGAGCCAAUAAUAAAUUGCACUGAAAUUUUGUCAAAUAAUUGGCCGAAUUAUGAAAAAAAUUCAAAAUUUGGCGCGAAAAUAUUUCCUCAUAUUGGUCUCGGUGUAUUUAAAUCACCGGAAUUUGUAUUUUCGUUGCGUGUUCAACGUGAGGACAUUGCGGCCUACGAAAGCGAUCCAGAUAAUUUUGAAUUUCCCGCGGGAUGGAUUCAAAUGCGUAAAUUAUAUCUUACAGACGUCGAUUACAGUAAAUAUGAAAAUGGAAUGAAAUGGCCUGAACUUAAAUUACAACCAGGUGUGACAUCUUUUGCUGAUGACCAACCAAAUGAUUUUGAAAAAUUGAAACCUAAAUCUGGUCGCAAGCAAUUUAUGCGGAAUGAUGUUAAGUCAUUGAUUGGACUGCUGGAAAAUGGCAAAAAAGUGGUGAUGUAUUGGAGAAAUGAAUAUAAUUUUGACAUGUACCAAAAUGUUGACGUCAUUGAAUUCGGGGUUUGCACGGAAAAUGGUUUGGUUAUGAGAUAUGACGUCAAUAAUAAAUCGGAUAGAGUCUUAAACAUAAAAUUGAGUGAUAAUGAUAUUGAUGACAAUUUGAUGCAGUUUGAAGGUAAAUUCUUGGGGAUGAAUUACAGCGAGGGUGUGGUGAGACUGGAAAAAAAUUCUAGGAAAGUAAUAAAUUGGCGGCAAGUUUUUCAAACGGAAGUUAAACCUUGGGUUGUUAAUUUGGAUAGAACGCAACAGCAUAUUUCCUUUUCCGUGGGAAGUGAUAAUUAUUUGAUUGAGUCUUAUGAUGAUUAUCAUGUUGUCAGACGCAAUGGGGUUUUGACACUCGCUGGUAGUUAUAAGACGUUUAGUAAAGAAAUUAUUGAUCAUGAGGAAGGGGGAAAUAAUUAUCGGUUUCAAUUGGACAGUAAGACACUUAUGUAUCGGCUGUAGAUAAUUUGAAUAUUUGAGAUUUAUUGAAUUAUUAUUUUU